AUGAGGAGGUACAACCCCCAGUACCGGAGCCCCCCAAGGAGGGGAUAUGGUGGCAGAGGUAGAAGUCCCCCAAGGAGGGGAUAUGGAGGAUGGAGGGAGCAGGGUUCAGGAAGCCUCUUGGUCCGCAACAUCCCAUUAAGCUGCAGGCCGGAGGAUCUUAGAGUUCCUUUUGAAAGGUUUGGUCCUGUUCAGGAUGUGUACCUGCCAAAGGAUUAUUACACCAGGGAGCCCCGAGGGUUUGCAUUUGUGGAGUUUGUUGACCCUUAUGAUGCAUCUGAUGCACAAUAUCACUUGAACCACACAUUAUUUUUUGGCCGAGAGAUAACUGUUGUUGUUGUUGCCGAGUCACAGAAAAGGCCAGAUGAUAUGUGUAAUAGAGCUAGAGUCAGGGGUUAUUCUGGUGAACUUGAUGAAAGGAUCGAUAUGGUUGGGAGGUCCCGAUCCCGUUCACGCUCCUACUCUCCUCGCUAUCGUGGCCGUCCUCGGUCAAGGUCAAGGUCAUACUCUCCUGCUCCAAGACGGCGAGAUGAUUACUCUGCUUCCCCACCAAGAUCACAUCACACACAGUCUCCUAGGCGUCUGCCAAAGGGACAUGAAGAAGACGAGCAGAGAUCCUAUUCUCCUGCUGGUAGAGGUGGCGGCGAGCGUGAUGCUGAUACUAAUGAAAAUCGUACAGGAGCUGUCCCAUCAGAGGUUCGUUUGUUGUGUGACUUAGCUCAGCCUACACCAUCCUGGACGAUAAGACAUGUUGGUGGCGCCAUGAGAGGUGCCGGUGCAGAGCAAAUCUCAAUUCUUCGAGGUGCACAGUUCACCGUGACUGUGACUUCUGCCAACAAGAUGCCAAAGCUCCAUGCGACCAAUGAAGCUGUAUGA